AUGGCUCCGGUAGAUAGAGUUGCUCCGAUAGGAGCUUAUUCAGGGACAGAUGGAGGAGAAAACAAUCUAACUCCAGUAGCCAAGUUUCAACUUCCUAAUUAUCAAGCUUUAAAGUGGAGAGAAUUCUUCCCUUCAAUGGAAGCAAAGGCAGAGACCAAGUCGUCGGCUGAGAAGGCUGCUGCCGCCGUCGCUGAAAAAUCAAAGUCCAUAAUGAAGAUUCCUACGUACGCCACCGGAGAUAAAAAGAGUAAGACGUCGAAGAAGUCUGUUGAAACUUACAAGAACUACAUCUUUAAGGUGUUGAAACAAGUUAAUCCAGAUCUGGACAUUUCAAGCAAGGCUAUGGGAAUCAUGAAAAACUUCAUCAAUGAUAUCUUUGAAAAACUUUCUCAGGAGUUCUCUACACUUGCUAGGUACAACAAGAAGCGUACCAUCACUACUUGGGAGAUUCAAACUGCUGUCUGGUUGGUUCUACCCGUUGAAUUGGCAAAGCAUGCUGCAAUUGAGGGUACUACGACGGUUUCCAAAUUCAAAAUAUCUUAG